AUGGCAAAAGGCCUGUCACGGGCGCUGCUCCUUUCGAUCAUUGGGUCAAAGGCGUUAUGGCAGGCGCCAUUCGAGACGAAGCAGCCCUCUUUGAACCCUGAGAGGAAUGGCGAGCUCACCAACGACAUCGCAGACGCGUACGGCAUGUCCAGCAACCCCCCAGUCGAGAAAUACCUGAAAGGCCUCAUAGCCAGGGCCACGGACGGCGCCUUUAGAAGCUUGCCGUACAUUUUCGCGGAGGCCUCGUCGAAAAAUUCCACGCCCGUCAGCGUCUAUAGAUUCAAGCAGGUCGACACGUUCGAUGUGAGCCCGCAGAAAGGCCACGCUUGUCACGCCAUUGACAACUCAUUCUUCUGCCGUUUCCACGCCGUGGCUGGCCCCAACGCGGACCCUGAUGUCCGCGUGACAGCGGAUCGGCUCUCACAGUCCAUCUUAGAUCUCGCCUAUGGAACGCAGCCCUAA